CUCACCCUAAUUUUAUUACACCUUUUCCCUUUCCUCCUUGUCUCAGCGCCGCCAUACCCUUUCUCUCAGCAUCCCGUAAACCAAACAACUUUCCUCAGCUUCAGAAAAUCAGGAAAAAGCAGAAAGAAAGAAAAAGAGAAAGAAAAACGUUGAGGGAGAGAGGGUUCUGAGAAACAGAGUUAGAGAAGAGAGGAGAGGGGGACGGCCAGCGCUGGUGGCCCGGGCUGCUCGCCGCCAUCGCUGUUAGCACCGACGCGGAGGUGAGAGCCGAGAGGAGAAGGGGGGAAGGAGGCGCACCGGCGUUGCUGGGCCUCGCUGCCACCGCCACCGUUGCGUCUUCACCGAGCCUUGGAGGGAGACCACGCCGUUAAGCCGCAUCACCGCCGAACUUGUCCAACCGCGUCACCGCCGUCCGCCGUCGGAUCUGUCAUCGCGCCGUCGCGGAAGAGAGACAACGCGUGAGAGGGAGCUCAUCGCCGUCAGCUUUGUCAGAUCUCUAGUGCCGAACUCGCCUCUGCCGCUGCCGUCGAAUCGCGAACCGAGAACCGCUUCAGAUCUGUCAUCGCCGCCAGAGGACGCCCCUGCAGCUGCCAAACCCCAUCGCAUUCCAGUUUGGGUUCCGGCUCUGGUUCGUUUAUGCUGGGUUUAUUUCUCCCGAGUGCCGGAGCCGCCAUUUUCUUGUGAGUUUUUCCGCUGCUGAUUGAAGCCGCCGCUGUUGGAGCUUGCCGGAGUUAACCGCUGGAGCUGAGGCUGUGCUGUACUUAGUUUCUUGUUGGUACAAGUAGCUGUGGUUGCCACAAAAGUGGUUUGGAGCUGAGGAUGAGACUGCUGCGUUGUGGGCCGAGAGAAAAACUGAGUUUAUCGCGUAGCUAAGUGGUAAACUGAGUGAACCAUUGAACCAGUGACUUCACCGGUUUAUUGACCGGUCCGGUUCUCGCAACCUUGAAAUUAAAGUACAUAAACCUCAAAACGCCGUCGUUUCAUUCAUGGAGGCUCACGGAUCCGGUCUCCGCCGCGUCUUGGUUUUGGCGUUCUGUGUCGCCGGCAUCUGGUCUGCCUACAUCUACCAAGGCGUUCUUCAGGAAACUCUAUCCACAAAGCGGUUCGGUCCAAAUGGCGAGAGGUUUGAGCACCUUGCAUUUCUGAACUUGGCGCAGAAUGUGAUUUGUUUGAUAUGGUCUUACAUAAUGAUUAAGAUAUGGUCAAGUGGGAGUAGUGGUGGUGCACCUUGGUGGUCUUACUGGGGUUGUGGAAUUACCAACACUAUUGGUCCAGCGAUGGGAAUUGAAGCACUCAAGUAUAUUAGUUACCCGGCUCAGGUACUGGCAAAAUCCUCAAAAAUGAUUCCAGUUAUGUUGAUGGGUACUAUAGUGUAUGGUAUAAGAUACACUUUUCCAGAAUACGUCUGUACAUUCCUUGUUGCUGGAGGGGUAUCAACAUUUGCACUUUUAAAGGUUAGGAACUUAUCAGAAUAAUAAAGAAAAUAUAUA